UUUAUGUAGGCCCUAACAGUUUAUGGGCACCGUUUGUCACCGUUAUGGUACAAUUAAUGUAUUGUUUAGCGUUGUAUUGUUUAGCGUUGUGUUGUGGCUUUUCUGGCAUGCAUCCCACUCUUUUUUUUGCCCCGCCAAGAUUUACAUGCUAAAAUCGCCACUGGAAGAGAUUAUAGGGUUUUUCACAAAUACAUGCUUUUCGCCACGACGUAUUGCAGCUGAAUGUUUUUUAAAAACGCCUCUGCAACAAUAGCGUCAGAAAAGGUACGAUUCGUCACAAUAAAAAGCAAAGGGUCUUCAGGCGAAUUGAUGAUGAUUAACAAAUGAGUCCGGCAUGGGCGGCGGAUUGGUUGAAAAUGACAUCACAUACAAUUAUACCAUUCUUAGCAUGUAGAAACAGCAUUACCUCAUCCUUUCCCUCUCGCGCAGUUAUAGCCAUACAACAACAAAUAAUGUUACAGUCGCAGACAGGACAAGGAACAGGACGAGAGUAGAAGUCAAGAAAGAAAGAAAGAGAGAGCGAGCUCUAUACUCUACUUAUUAUUAAUUAAGCAUAACAUAUAUUUUUGCAUUCUUAAUCCAUUUUCUUUGAGACCAUUCGGGUUGAUUAGAUCGAGUUAUUUGGUGUGCAAGUUGAUUUGUGCGAUAUUUCCAGUAUCUUCGUUUGGAGUGAAAAUCGUCGCUGUAAGUACAAUGUAAUAUUUCUUGCAUUUUGCUUGCAUCAUUUAUGUCUGGUUUUAUAUUCUCCUAUGAUCAUCUAAUGAAUGCAAACUUGCAAAAUCCAUGACGUAAUGCAAAGAGAACGUCAUUCUCUAGCAGCAAUAGAACAAAUUAAUGUUUUCUUAAUUCACAUUCAUAGCAAUAAUAAUGCUAAUAUAUUUCAUGCAACUGUUAAAAUGAUUGUCAAAGUUCCAUGCAGUCUUUUUUCGAUGCCUAUGUAUAUUGUAGCCUAAUACAUAAUUGUAAUCCCUUGAUAUUGAAAUGAACACCGUUUUCUCUCAUGUUUCGGUUCCAGACACAAAGGACAGAGAUGGUGUUCUACAGGGAGAGAGAAAACGGGACACGCGAGCGUCCACCGCUGUCUCUCAUCCUACCGCAUCUUUACCUGGGUGCAGAGACGGACGUUACGCAGGAUUGCCUCGACGCCAGCGGGAUCUCAUACGUGCUAAGCGUGAGCCGCUUCAGCCCGCAGCCUACUUUCCUUCCCCGUUCCCAGUACCUUCGCAUCCCAAUCGAGGACUCUCUCCGAGACGACCUGCUGCCCCAUAUCCCGGAGGCACUGCGUUUUAUCGAUGGGGCUAUGUCAUCAGGUGGAUCUGUGGUAGUUCAUUGUGCUGCAGGAAUCUCUCGCUCCCCUGCCCUGGCUGUGGCCUACAUUAUGUACAACCUGGGGAUGGACCUUGACCAUGCCUACAGGUUUGUGAAAGAGCGCAGGCCUUCAAUCUCCCCAAACUUCAAUUUUCUGGGUCAGCUACAACACUUCCAAGGAACCCUCACUCAGAAAAGCUCUAAUGGCAACCCCACUAUCCAGCCAAUCAGAUCACUGGACACAUGUCUGCAGCCAAGCAAUGAAAACAUUAGCGGCGGUUCCUCUUUUCCCCUGUCAGCCAAUCAGAUCAUGAAUAUUCAGGUCAAUGGCUAUGUUGCUAAGGACUUUUUAGAGGUUGCUAAAGUGCAUAAUAUGUACAAUGAGAAUUCCACUUGUAACACAGAGAAUAUAGAGCAAAGGUCCUCAUAUUCAGGUGAAACUCAGAGUCUAUCAGAGAAGCCACAGCAAGACCAGAGGAGCGUGCCAUCACAACUGACGCUGUCUCUCGCCAGAAAACACAAAACGCUCACUCUCAACCUGAACCAUAACCGGAACCAGAGGGAGGCCCAGAGCCCAUGUGGAGCAAUGACUCCAAGCCCCAACGAACCAGCGACACGGACACCAAAGUCCAACACACCACAAAUCCCAACAGGCAUUGCAUCUCACUCUGAGAAGCGCAAGAGCCUCACCCUCUCCCUGUCUCUCGUUGGUGCAAUUCCCCCAACUCCCCACCAGAAUGAGCCAGAAAGCAGCAACAGGCACAGCAUUAGCCACAAGCCAACGCAGUCCAGUGCUUCUAACACCAUCCACAAGAGGGAGUCAGAAGGCACCAGUGGUUCAAAAAGGCACGGCAGAAAGCCUUCAACGAUGGCCCUUUCCUCCUCACAGACAGAUGUACAACAUAGAGAGAGGAGCACAUCCUGUGUCAAAGCAGCAGGUUGGCCCAAUCGCUACUCCUCCCAAACCCAGGCAAAGGUAGAGAGAGAGGGAAGAGGCCAGCCUAAAAGAGAGCCCAGCUGCUGUCAGAGCAUGAAGAAGGGGAGGCCUAAAUUGACUCCAAAGACAGGGAAGGACCACAGCGAAGGAAGAGCAGAGAGGGAGACACUAACAGGGAGCCUGAGCAGCAGUUCUGUUUUGAGCCAGGACAGUAUCGUAGUUCACCAGCAGGUGUCGCCAGCAGCUAAGCUGUCUGCAUCUGCAGUGAGGGCUGAGGAAAGAGUGGAUGCAGAACAGGGCUUCCUGUUUCCUCUCAACCUGACUGUCAACAAGCUGCUGGGCUGGGGGGAGAAGAUGCUGCUGGGGGUACUGUUUGGACCCCGGAUCAAAGUGGAACCGGCUAUUCUGCCCUAUAGGUGCUGAUGCAGUAAGAGACCGUUGGCGAGGACAGAGAGAGGGCUGAUAAAUGCCAGGAGAUUGAUUUGUGUGUGUGUGUGUGUGUGUGUGUGUGUGUGUGUGUGUGUGUGUGUGUGUGUGUGUGUGUGUGUGUGUGAGAGAACAGAGAACUGAACUCCAUGUAUAAUAUUUGUCUGCCCAUACCAAGUUCACAGUCCUCUGAGUGAAUGCUUUGUCCUAUAAAUGCUAAUUUAUUGUUGACUUCCUUCAAAAGCACUAUGUAUAUUACAAAUAGGGCAGUUUAUGCCUCCAACACAAUGCUCAUGGAUUAAGGCUUGAUUAUGUUGAUUUUUAUUUAUUGAUUGAUGUGAAUUAAGUGAUCAGUUUAUUGUUGUUAUUUAUAAAAUGAAUAUUUUGAGGAUGGUA